GCACGCUAGCCUCGCAUUUUGCGCGCGCACCCAAGGAGACGCGAUACACUGCACAUAGCAGCGUCUGACUAAGUCCAAACAAGCCUCGCUGGACGCGCGUUGCAUCUUGCAGCGAGAGACGCAGCGGUGAGGCACCCACAACAAACAAACAAGUGGCGCGCGCCGCAUCCACGAGACAGGAUGCGCGUCGCAGCAAUGGAUGAUGCUCGCGCGGGCACACACACACGUCGUCGUCGCCGCGGCGCGCACCGUAAAGUGCCGACGCACGCACACCAGGGCCGAGCGGCGACCGGAAACGACGCGUCACGCAGGCACACGCAACCAUGGCCGACGACGGCAAGGAGCCCAAGGACGACCCCUUCGCGGACGACGACGACGACGACGAUGAAGAGGUAGGUGCCGCCGAGGGCGAGGAAGAUUCAUCAAAGAAGGGCGUGCCGAUGGUCGGGGACGUCACGCUCCAGGACGGCCGCCUCUUCUGGGCGGGGUUGUGGGCCGACUCGGAAGCGGACCUCGCGGCGGGCAAGGGCAAGAAGUUCAAAUAUGGCGGCCCCGAGGGCCAGACCGCGGCCGCCCUGACUCAAAUGCCGUCGGGCGAGUGGCACGGCUACUUCUUCAACCCCGGCGACGAGGGCGACACGAAGUGCAAGGAGAAGGGCGUCAAGCUCAAGUUCGACGGUGAUAAAGCGAGGGGCGGCGGCGAGAACCAGUUCGGCGAAUUUUCUCUGAAGGGUUCCUACGACGCCUCGACCAAAAAGAUGACGCUGCGCAAGGCGUACCUCUACCAGGAUGAUGAUGAUGACGACGACGAAAUUGUGGAUGCGGAGCCCGAGGACGUCGCCGCCGAGAUCGCGGGGCUGGAAGGAGACGCGGAGAUCCCCAUCGAGGAGCUCCGCAAGCGCAUGGCCGCCUUCGAGGAGGAGGAGCGGAAGGCCAAGGCUGCGAAGACCGCCUAAGUAUC